GGCAAGCGGCCAUAAUUCAUUGCCAAUUUUCCGUAGCGGUGUACGUACGUAUAUAUGGAGCUAAUCGACCUAGCUACAACAAGUGUAUGCAUGCAUUCAUGCAUUGCAUCCUGUAUAAAUAAGUCCACUCUACAUCGCAUCUAGUAUUCUUCAUCACAAACACAAACACAAACACAAACACAAACACACCAUCUUUCACAUAUAUAAGCUACAUACAUGUUCCCUAUAUACUAGCUUAAAAUAUAUCAAACAAUAAGCCAUGGCUUCAAAGAGCAUUGCCCUUUUCCUGGCAGUUAACCUGAUAGCAUUUCAUUGUAUUGAUGUCCAUGCCACAACAGAGAAAGCAUCAUCAUCAGCAGCAACAACAACAACAACAACAACAACACUAGUGUGCCCGAACGGGCUGAAUGUUUGCCUGGAUUUGCUAAGCGGAAGACAAUCAAAUUGCUGCACCCUUCUCCAAGGUCUAGCCGAUCUCGACGCUGCUCUUUGCCUUUGUAAUGUCCUUAAAGCCGCAGGUGGCGGCACUGUCCCUAUCCCAGUCCCAGCAACUGCCUUGACAUUGAUACUUAAUGCCUGCCACCGUAGGUACCCUCCUGGCGGUUUCACCUGUCCAGCUAUAUGAUCAUCAAACACUACAAGUCUACAAGAUGUAUGUACGUACGUGUUAUAUCAUAUGUAUCAUAUCACGGGUUUCUUUAAUUAGUAAUAUAAUGUUGUCUUUGUAUAAUAAUUAAUGAUGAUGAUAAUAAUAAUAAUAAUAAUAAUAAUAAUAAUAAUAUUACUGUCGGCCUCCACUCAAUCGAAUUGUACAACUAUGUCG